GUGAAGGCCUUCUGUGGUGGACACACGUGAGGGGACCUCGCCAGCCCCUGACCGCGGGCUCCUCAGACUCCCUUAUCAAAUAUUAAGGCGAGCCGGCCCGAGAUGAGUCUGGAGUCGUUGUUUCAGCACAUCAUCUUCAGUGAGCAUCAGGCCGAGGAGAGCCGCAGAGUGAUGCGGGAAGUAAGGUCGGAAAUUACCAGAUGUCGUGGGAAAAUUAAGAAAGCAACAGAGGAUCUGAACGAAGAGAAAAUCAAGCUGGAAUCCAAGGUUCAGCAGUUUUCUGAGAAAUCUUUCCUUUUAGAGCUUUUGAAAACCCAUGAAAAUGCAUUAGAGAGACAGCUCAGUGAAAUUAUCAGCGAACGGGACACACUGCUCCAAGCCCGUGAGGCUAUAAAGAAUAAAACCACAGAGGAAGAGGAAAGAUUUAUUAAGGAAAUUACAGACUUCAAUGACAAUUAUGAAAUAACCAAGAAAAGAGAUACUUUGAUGAAAGAAAAUAUCAAGAUGGAAAUUGCUGACUUAGACAGCCAGGCAGAUGUUUUGAGAGGGGAAAUGAAGUCAAUGGAAUGUAACUGUGGACAAUUACAGGAACUUCAAAAACUGAAAAAUGAACUGUUACAAGAAUUAUUUACUCUCCAGAAAAAGCUUAAAGUUCUUAAAGAUGAAGAGACUGAAGCCAUUUGUAUCACCAAACAGCUAGAGGCAGAAAAAAGCAAAAUAAGAGAUAAGCCUCAACACGAUCCCGAGUGUGUGCGGCUUAAAAGGGAGUUAGAUCUUUAUAAAGCAGAAGACAUGGAAAGUGUCUGCAGAGCUCUCCAAACAGAAGUAGACCUCCUGGAGUCGGCACUGGCACCAAAGGAUCCUCAGGACGGUAACUCCUCGAAUCUAUGAGCCACCUCACACAGGAGUAUCAUAGAACCACACAUUUGUGGAGCCUGUAGGGCAGAUCUCUACAUGAACAUGAGGUUCAGGCAGUGCAAAGGAGUGAUGACUCUGUUUCACACCUACAUAAUACGUUUUAUCU